UUUGUACCCUUUUUUAUGUAAUAUAAAAUUAAAAUGGCGAUUUUUGUCAAAAUUUGUAGUAUUUUCUCUUUUUUCCAGAAAUAAAACCAAAAUUUGAUAUUGAGAUUAAAUAGACCCCUUGGAGUAUCUAAAAAUAGUAUUUUUGUUACAAGAAUCUGUAUUUAAAAUAUCCAUGAUAUAUUAUUGAUAUCAUUAUUCUUUCGCUAAUUCAAUAUAUUGGAACUUAAGUCCACUUACAUGAUACAAGGGUCAAAAAUUUUAGGGGAAAGUUUUCUUGUAUAUAUUCUUUUGUAUAUCAGUUUUUAUAUAUUUUAAGUUUUCAAUAUUGUUGGAAGUGUACAACUCCAAAACAUGCCUCGAAGAAACACCAUUCAAUAUGGUAGUAUCAUUAUUUUUAUAUACAAUGACGUCCAGGCUACAUGCCACUAUGUCAUUACGGUCUAACUCAAAAACAUCGAUAUCAGUUUAAAUAUUGAUUACUAUGAUCAAAUUAAACCCAAAAUUUUGGACUUACAGUGUAAUUGUAAUGGCCAACAUAAGCGUGAAAGUUUCGAAUAGUAAAAACUGAAAUCUACUGUAAAGGAUGACAUUUUGUAAAGGCAUGUUUUGGAAUUGUAUACCGAUAUAAUGUAUUGAAAAUUUAAAAUAUAUUAGUGCUAAUAUGUACAUGAAUGUAUACUAGCCAACUUUGUCGGAAAAUAUCGACCCUAGUGGUACGAAAAGGGUCUUAAGAUCCAUACAAUUCAAUUAGAAACUGAAGAACGACACCAAAAAUACUUCUAGGAACUUUUAAGUACAGGGGGCUAAUUACGGAAGUCGUGAUCGAAAUAAUUCAGCAUCGAAAUUAGUUUCGAUAGUUCGAAUUUUUCUGAUGAUAUAACUCGAUAAGAAACGAAUCGAAUUGUUGUUUAAGUGUUAGAAAGGAAAAAUCUGAAAGAGUUAUUCAACACUGGAAAUAUGUAAAAGAUUAAAGAACAAAAGUAAACAAAAAACAUAUGUUUACUCUGCAAAAAAUUCUAAGCGCAAAUCUUAUAAGAAUUCAAAUAUAAGUUAAUAAAAGAAUUUUUUGUGUUUUAUAUAUUUAUAUUACAAGAAAAAUGGACCCAAAUCUUUUUUUUAUUCUUCAUCGUCCAAAUCGGAAGAUGAGUGUAACGUAAGUUUAAUAAGAAAAGAAAUUCGAAACACCAGUGACCCAUUAAGUUUGCCAACGCUGAGUAAGUUUUAAUCUAUUUGUUUAUAAAAUAAAUAGUAAUUAUUUUUUUUACAGGUUUAAAAAACGCUUUAGGGUUACGAAGGAAGCUUUUAACUACAUUCUUGACGAGCUAGAAUUUGUGUCACACUUGUCGACAGCAGUACCUCCAAAAAUACAAUUGGCCUCAACUUUAUUGCUUUUGGCUUCAGGAGGGUUUCAAAACACCGUCGGAAAUGAUUUUCUGAUUGGUGUAGGCCAAAGCACACUUUCCAAAAUAAUCAAAAGAGUGGUGAAUGAAAUGGAAAGCAAGCUAUGUAGUAAAUUUAUUGAGUUUAAUCUCGAUAACUGCGACGAUUCAAAGCAAUUCUUUUUGCAAAAAUACAAAAUUCCUGGAGUAAUCGGCUGUAUAGACGGAACUCAUUUUGGUUUGCAAAAGCCACCAAAUGAGCAUAUGUUUUUUAAUAGAAAGGGGUUCCAUAGCCUUAAUUCCAUGAUUAUAUGUGAUCACAAAUACAGAAUUUUAGCAAUAAAUUCUAAGUAUGGAGGUGCUGCCCAUGAUUCUUUUGUAUGGAAACAGUCUGAGGAAAGAAUUCUUUUAGAACAAAAAUAUAGCUCCAAUUUACGAAAUUUUUGGCUUUUAGAUGAGAAUUGUUUUCUAUCACAAUGUGAUUCUGGCUACCCGCUUGAGCCGUGGUUGCUAACCCCAUACCGAAGUCCUCAAGAAGGAUCAAUGGAGUCUCGUUUUAACGAUAUACAUUCUAAAGCCAGAUGCAUAGUAAAAAGGACCAUCGGCAUAUUAAAAGCGAGAUGGAAAAUUUUAUGCCAUGACAAAAGAAGUAGGUAUAGUCCUCAAAAAGUGGCAAAAUUUUCAAAUGUUUGUGCUACACUGCAUAAUAUAUGCAUUCACUUCAAAGUGCCUAAUUACGAGGAUGUCCAGCAAACUCCUGUUGAAAGUACAAUGCUAGAUAUGGAUAAUGGAAACGAGACUCAAAUAACUAAAAUAGGAAAAAAAAUUAGAGAUAAUAUCAAAAAUUCGUUGUGUUCCAAUUAGAAUAAAGAUACAUAAAGGUUUUUAAAAGUAUAUAUUUUUAUUAAUAAAAUAAAAAAACGUUUGUUAAAAUAAAAAUGUGUAUUUCAUUGUGAGAUUAAAAACUUGGUAGUGGUCCAAAAAAAGUUUGAUAAAAUAAAAAUAUGUAAUUCAUUUUAGAUUAAAAACUUGGUAGUGGUCCAAUUUUUUAUUGUAAGCUUGGCCGUUAGUAUUGUUGAUUAAUAUUUUCUAAUUUAUCCGUAUUUGAAGCUCAUUUUUUAUGUCCAUGUUGUUGCAGUGAUCUAUCUUUUUUAAGCGUCUCUUCAUUCUCCUCAUUAUCUACGAUGUCCAUUACUUCCGAAAUGUAUUCGUCGGCUUCAUUUCCUUGGGAUGUACUCGUACCUUCAGAAGAAUUACAUUGUUCUACUUCUUGAUUUACUUUUCCCGAAUGAACGGAUCUCUUGCAAGCCUACUACAGAUACUUCAAUUCCUGCUGCUUCCAAAAUUUGCUCCUCAGCUACGCUAAGGUGUUUCUCCACAAAAGGGCCUCCACCAGUUUUUGUUUUUUGGAGGAUUUGUUAAAAGAAACCUUUUUUUAACCAACUGCUUUUGAUCUGCAUGCACCUAUUGAAUAAAUAAUAUUAAAUGAAUGAAUAUAACAAUAUUAAAUGUUGUUAUAAACCUUUCGCCACGUUUUAUCAUCCUUCAAUGGUGGACCAGAAGCAUUUAGCAUUAGGGCUAAGUUUUCCCAUAGUCUAUUGGCUGUUGCUUUUCCUUGUGAUGUAUUUGGUAGAACUCCUUUGGCCAAAUCAGUGUGCUCUGACAUAAACUCAGCAAGAAUUUGCUUUUGUCUGAAGUUAAUUUUUGUUGUAUUCGAACUAAUAAUUAAUAAAAAUUAGUAUUUUUUCAAAAGAAAUAAAAUAAAAUUGUCUUACAUUUUCUUUUCUUCCAACGAAUUCUUUGAAAAAUAUAAUUUCGAUUGGUAAUUUGCUAACGACUGAAAACUCACACGGUUGCAUUCGAACACAAGUUUGUUAUCGAGUAACAUCAUUAGAAAUUUCGAUAGCGAAUGACAGAAUCUCAAAAAUAUAA